AUGGAGUCCUUCAGCUCCAAGAGCCUGGCCAUCCAGGCGGAGAAGAAGUUCCUGAGCAAGAUGGCAGGCCGGUCGGUGGCCCACCUCUUCAUCGACGAGACGAGCAGCGAGGUGCUAGACGAGCUGUACCGUGUGUCCAAGGCCUACACGCACAGCCGGACCCAGGCCCAGCGUGUCAUCAAGGACCUGAUCAAGGUGGCCGUCAAGGUGGCGGUGCUGCACCGCAGUGGCUGCUUCGGACCCGACGAGCUGGACGUGGCCACCCGCUUUCGCCAGAAGCUGCGCCAAGGGGCCAUGACGGCGCUGAGCUUCGGGGAGGUGGCCUUCACCUUCGAAGCGGCCGUGCUGGCUGGGCUGCUGGCCCAGUGUCGGGACAUGCUGCUGGAGUUGGUAGCGGGCCACCUGACGCCCAAGUCCCACGACCGCAUCCGCCACGUCUUCGACCACUUCUCUGACCCUGGCCUGCUCACAGCCCUGUAUGGGCCAGAAUUUACGCAGUACCUGGACAAGAUCUGUACCGGGCUCCGAAAACUGCUGGAAGAGGAAAAGCUCUAA